CUCUCUGUGAGUGGGUGUCUGAGAGCGUUUGGAGAGUUCACACAGACAGGACAGUGUCAUCCAACCCUCACACACCAGGCCUAUUGUCAAAGCAUCCACUGAAGAGCUGACGUCAUGGCCUGUGCUAGGAGGGAAGAGGACUGAGCACUGGAGCAUUAUGGGACUGACUUAGCAACACAGAAGAACAACAAAACAUCAAAAUGAGUGUCAACAGUGACAUGUUUGCUGUGGUUCUGCUUGGUGUCUUUGGUUUCUCUUUGACUCUCCCCUCAGCUACACAAAUGGGUUUAACUGACAAAGUCCUGGUCUUCCCAUAUGAGACGGACUUCAGCUUCGUGGCCCUGAUCCCCCAGAAGGAGAUGGGGCUGAGGGCCUUCACCCUCUGCAUGCGUGUGGCCACUGAGCUGCCAGAAGAACGUCAGAUCAUCCUGUUCGCCUACCGUACAGCUGACUAUGACGAACUCAACGUGUGGCGUGAGAAGGACGGACGCGUCUCCUUUUAUAUGAGUGGUGACGGCGUCUUCUUCAACCUGCCGCCCCUCACCACCUUCCGCACCAGCCUCUGCCUGACCUGGGAGUCUCGCACUGGCCUCGCUGCUUUUUGGGUGGAAGGGAAGCGCAGCACCUACCAGGUCUACAAACCUGGACACUCCAUCCGCCCAAAAGGCAGCAUCAUUUUGGGGCAGGACCCAGACAAACACCUGGGGGGCUUAGAGGCCGUGCAGAGCUUUGUAGGGGAGAUGACCGAUCUGAAUAUGUGGGACUUUGUGCUCUCCAGGAGCAUGAUCCAGGCCUGGCACUAUGGGCACAGGGUCCCUAAAGGCAACAUCUUUGACUGGGGCACUAUUGAUUUUGAGCUGAACGGGAACGUGAUGGUGGUGGAUGAUGACUGACUCAGUGCAGAGUCGAAUGCAGAGAAGGAUGAGGCUUCAGAGAUCUGUGUUCAACUGAUACUGAUAUGUGUGAUUGUCUUUCUUAGAUUCAGUAUUGUUUUAUGUUAAGGCCCUUCAGUUGUUCCUCUGCAGAAGUGUUUGGGGAGAUCAGUAUCUUGGUAGCUUACAACUAUUUUCAGCAGCAAUGCAAGUAAAUGCAUGGUGGUGCACAGAGAUCAGUUGUCAGUUGUUUUACAUCAGCUAUUCUAUGCAUCACUUUAACCUUUUGCUAAAUGUUAACCUAAUUUAUGAUCUUUUAAAAGUCAUACAUAUCUCAAACUGUCAUCAUUUGCUGCAAGAGAAAACUGGUGAGAAUCAAGCACAUAUUGUUGAUGUGCCAGAUGUAUCCAUAGGGUGGCACUCUGCACUAAUUCACAUCAAACAGAAAGUUCAGUCAAACAGAGCUUGAUCAUACAAGCUAAUUUGAUUUGGGAUAGUUGAUUAACUGAGGCCACAAUAGCUGAUUAAAAGCUUAAGAAAAAGUGCUUAAUUACUACAAUCCAGACUCAUUUGGAAUUAUUCAAUUUUGUUUGCAGUAGAUGAAGAUUUUGCAGAUAAAGAAGACAUCAGCAUACAUUACCAUAAUGCAUUUAAGAGCAAACCACAACAGACUUUAUAUAAGAUGCAUUUUAAAAUUGACAACUGCAAUGCUACUAUCAGUUAAAGGUAAAGGAUGAUUUCAGUAAAAUUAAAGUGUCCUUUUUUUGUUGGAAUAUAACAUAUUGUAACUAAAAAAAGAAAGAAAAAAGAAAACUCUAUCUACUGUACUGUAAUUUUCCCACAUUUGUUUUUGCAGGCUGUUUGUCCACUGAUAUCGAUUAUAAAAAUGUGAAUGAGAUACAUACAUUCAUACAAUAGAAUUCAUUUAUUGUCAUUGCACAAAGGACAACAAAACUGAGUCGCAACGGUGCAUUCACACAUAACAAACAGCUAUUAAAGAUAGAAAAAGAGUCCAAACUAAACUAAUUUAAGGUGCUAAAUAUAUAACCUAUAAUAUACCGUAUGCUGUAACCUAUAAAACUAAGAUAAAAAAAAUUAUUAGCAGUAAAACAUUAAUUAAAUUAAAAAUUAAAACAGCAAACUGGGGGGAUGCAUUAUUUCUACAGUAGACUUAAUGAUUUAACUGCACUCAGAGACAAAUAGCAAUUAUCAUGUUUAAAAUCCAUUGCCAUAAUGUUGCCUUUGGUUAGCAUACUUACUCAUGAAUUUUCCAUGUUUCAACUGAUGUAAGAACGCUUUUGGGUCUGAAAUAGAA